AUGGUGAACCACUGGCCUUCUAAAACUCCCGCGUUUACCUUGCUCGUUGAUUUAUCUGGGAGGCUAUCCCUGACUGAAAGUAGACCCCUGAAUCAAUCGACAGGUCCUGUUGUUAUCAAGACAGCACCCAAGCUGCGUCUUGAAAAUGAACGGACCGUCUUGAGCCACCUUCGGAAUCAACCUUACAUCAGGCAGCUUGUCGAUGAGAUUCCAGAGUCGGAAUCCAAUCCUCCAGGAUUGGUACUAAAGCGGCUAGAUGAUAACCUACUCGAAGCAGCGGAUGUGAAGAGACUAAAAAGAGGCGAGGUGAGGCCUAUUGCGAGAGAUAUACUUAAAGGACUGAAGGCGUUGCAUGAAGCAGGAUGGGUCCAUACUGAUAUAAAACCAGACAAUAUCCUCGUCAACUACGGCAAAGGCCUAUUACGCUUCAGCACUGUUCAGCUAGGGGAUUGCGGUCAUUCCUGCCGUGACACUCCCAUUGAGAGUACGGAUUCUCACCGGCGUCCCGUGAACAGACAUACAAUUGGUGCAGCAUUAUACCGCAGUCCAGAGGCCAUGUUGAACCUUCCCUGGGAUACCUCGACAGACAUAUGGUCUUUUGGGGUGACUAUCACGACACUUCUCCGUGGUCCCGAACACCACAUCUUCUCGCCCUCGUUCAAUAUCUCCCCGUCUGAUGAAACCUAUCCGUUCCAUGUCCUCAUCAGGCAGAUAAAGGAAUUCGGAGCGUUUCCAUCGUCCUAUUCGACUGACCCAAUCGACGCAGAGAGAAUGUCCGUGAUGAACUACAUCCAGAACCACAUGUUGAGGAUCAAGCUAGCAGAGGCCUGGAGUCCCGUGGUAGAAGAAGAUGAAGAGUCUGAGCUGGGCAUGACGCGUGAGGAUCGCGAGUUCAUUGGCAAAAUCUUGAAGAUGGACCCGAGGGAAAGGCCUACUGCGCAAGAACUUCUGAACGAUAGGUGGCUUGGUCCUGAGAGCGAAGACUAA